AUGGCGAAAGCUCCGUCUCUUGCGUUUCUCUGCAUCCAAUCCCUCAAACUUGAGCUCCUACGAGGCGAUAAUCCAACUCCGGAUGUAUACGAGCUUCCAUCGGAGUUGCUUGAUGGUCUUGUCGCUCACUUGCCUGCUCUAGCGUUACUGAAUUUCCAGACUCACAUGCCGUUCAAGCGCUGGGAUGAUUAUGAAUCUGGUGAUGAUUGCUUGACCAGAGGGAGGAAACGCGCUAGAAAUGACGUAAUCGGGGAGUCGUGGAAGGUGCUGUUUAAGCUGCGGUGGCCUGAGCUCGUUCACCGUGUGGAACCACCAGCUGACUGGCAACAGUUUUACUUGGAAAAGCAUCUGCAAAAUUGUGUUGAUGAAGCAGCUGAGGUAGCUAUGCGUCCCACCUUUAUCGGUCGGAUAGGUUCCAUUAGUGUAUCAGAUAAGAUACUGAGAUACAUUUGCCAUGAAGAGCACACUAAUUGUCAAAAUUGUGUCUGCACUGAACUAUCUUUCCAUUUCAAGACAUUCGGACCGUAUCUUAGGUGCCUGAGGCUUUUGAAUGUGCUCUGCGUUACAGAAACUUGUGAGUUACUGAGGACAAGUAAACUGCAAACUUUGGUUCUACGUUGGAUAAGAUCUGAGAAACAUGUUGAGCCCUUGUGCAAGCUCUUGAUCCAGAGCCGAGAAACAUUAACGUCGCUUGAGUUUAUUCACUGUAAGCUUUCUUCGAGUUCCAUCAGUGCCAUCUGCGCUUCUCUCCAUGAAAAAGACAUUCACACAAAUGGGAUUCAACGUUUCUGUAUAAAGACAUCUAGCAUUGACGUAGGUCCACUUGCUGCCCCUUCAGCUUUCAUUUCAUUCCUGAAUUCAGUGAGGUCCUUACAUUCCUUACACUUUUGCGAUAGCCACCUCGAUAGGCAUACUGCGAGGAUGGUUUUCUUUACACUUGUUGAUUCUUCCUCAAAUCUUUCGUCACUUGACCUCUCUGACAACAGUAUUUCAGGAUGGCUUUCUACUUUCAGCUUGAGAUCCGUUGUUGGUUCUCUGUCAUCUGGAAAGUCUUUACAGUCGCUGUGCAAGCUCAACUUAAGGGAGAAUGACCUCGACAAAUACGAUGCAGAGAAUCUUGCACAUGCUCUUCUUCAUAUGCCCGGCUUGGAGUCUCUUGACCUGAGCGGGAACCCCAUUGAAGACGGUGGGAUCAGAAGCCUAAUAUCUUACUUCACCAAGAAUCCGGAUUCUCUUUUAGCCGAUUUGAACUUGGGGAGCUGUGAGCUAACAUGUUGUGGAGUCAUCGAGUUUCUUGAUACCCUCUCAACGCUGGAGAAACCUUUAAAGUUCCUAUCUGUUGCAGAUAAUAACCUUGGCAGCGAGGUUGCGGAAGCUAUGGUAAACUCGUUGACAAUCUCCAUCGAGUCUCUCAACAUUUCGGGUAUAGGACUAGGUCCUGUUGGUUUUCUUGAGCUAGGCAGAAAACUUGAGAAAGGGUUGAAGAAGCUACUGAGUGUCAACAUAAGCAAAAACCGUGGAGGAUUAGAGACAGCGAGAUUUCUGUCGAAGCUCAUACCCCUGGCACCAAAACUCGUCUCAGUCGACGCAUCCUACAAUCUCAUGCCACCCGAAUCCUUGCUCAUGCUAUGUGACUCUCUGAGAAGUGCAAAAGGUGAUCUCAAACGUCUAGACCUGACAGGGAAUAGCUCCUUGAGCCACGAAGCUGAUCAUUCUUCUCUACUUGGUGAAUUUCAACACAACGGAGAGCCCAUCUUCGUUUUACCUUCAUCCCCGGCUUCACACGUCCCUUACGAUGAUGAGCCGUAG